AUGACUGUACGCUGGAAGUUAUGCGAUUAUCCUACCCAUUUUAUGCCUGAUCCAGUGGGCAUUUUCGAAGGCCGUAAACAUGAGCAUGAGCCCAAAGAGCUUUGGAUAAUCACACUAGCUACUUUGUAUUGUCCGAUGAAAUCUUUUAUCACUGGGCCUCGCGCUGGUACACACUCUCUUUAUUUUUCUUUGGAACCUGUCUCCAAUCUUGUCGAAUUGUUUUCCAACGUGAUUGAAUUCAUUGGAUCCGAAGAGAUCAUCACACAGUUGAUCAUAUUGAAAAGCUCCAAGUCCCUGACAUACAAGCUGGUGGCGGCCAUCUCUCGGAGUGACAAGUACAUAACGGACUUCUCAACGGCGGGAUUAGCAUUGUUCAUUGGUGUCCGGGCUGGAGACGCCCUUGCUGAACGAUGGCAUCCUGCUGGAGCACGCUUUACAAUGACGUCGCUCUUGGUGGUUGGGCAUCGACGUCAGCAAACGACAGUACCUACUGCGGUGCCUGAAUGGAGGCAAGGUUCCUUUGUCUCGGCCUUGAUCUAA